UCCUCGUGCUCCUCUUCUUCUCCUCCUCCUACUACUACUCCUACUCCUCCUCCUCCUACUCCUCACAUGCACCUUCCUCACCGAGCUGAACACCGGCCAAUGCUUCACAUCACCCCUGCCCUGGGCGUCUGUCCCAUGCGUGGGAAGCACAACAAAAUCAAGGGCUUCACUUCAGAGAGGGUCCACAGGCACCAGAGAGAACGAGGGACAGUCUCUGCAUCAUCCUUUUCGACUUUGACUUUACUCCCCUUCGGACGAGGGGCUGGUUUUCAGCGCAAAUCUCAGCUCGCACCGUUUUUGUCACUGAGGACUAGUGUGGAGUCAUGAAUGAGUCGCUGGUGGUGAACGACUCCUCUGCGAGUCCAGCAGGGGAAGCUCUCCCAUGGAUGGAGGCUGAGUAUGCAGAGCACAACGGCAGCAUGGAGUUCUCCACCGCUUCAUUAAAUUUCCCCAUUAACCCAUGGGACAUUAUGCUCUGUAUGUCUGGCACCGUAAUCGCCUGUGAAAACGCCAUCGUGGUAGCAAUCAUCUUCUACACUCCCACACUGAGGACUCCCAUGUUUGUGCUGAUUGGGAGCCUGGCCACGGCAGACUUCCUGGCUGGCAUGGGAUUAAUCCUAAACUUUGUGUUCCAGUAUGUGAUCUCCUCUGAGACUAUCAGCCUUAUUACUGUCGGCUUCCUGGUGGCCUCUUUUACAGCGUCCAUCAGCAGCCUUUUGGCCAUCACAGUGGACCGUUACCUCUCCCUCUAUAAUGCGCUGACUUACUUCUCAGAGAAGACUUUGCAGUAUGUACACCUGAUGUUACUGGUGACCUGGGGGGUGUCUCUGUUCCUGGGUUUGCUACCUGUGCUCGGUUGGAACUGCCUGGACGAGCCUUCAUCCUGCAGCAUCGUCCGACCUUUGACCCGUAGCAACCUUAUGGUCCUGGCAACCUCCUUCUUUGCCAUUUUUAUACUAAUGCUUACCCUCUAUUUUAAGAUUUGUAAGAUUGUGUGCCACCAUGCUCACCAAAUCGCCCUCCAGCAGCACUUUUUUGCUACAUCACAUUAUGUAGCAACUAAAAAAGGGGUCUCAACUUUAGCAAUCAUCUUGGGAACAUUUGGUGCCAGCUGGCUGCCGUUCGCUAUUUACUGCUUGGUUGGAGAGAAGGAGUAUCCAUCAGUGUACACUUAUGCUACACUUCUGCCAGCCACCUACAAUUCCAUGAUCAACCCUAUUAUCUACGCCUACAGGAACGCAGAGAUCCAGCGAUCCAUCUACAUGCUUCUCUGUGGCUGCUUUCAUUCUAACAAGGCCUACAGGUCCAGGUCGCCUAGUGAGGUCUAAAAAAGGCAUGAAUGUGUUACUUUGAAAAGUGAGCAAAAAGACAAACCAUCCUGGGACUAUGACAAUCUGCUUACAACUUGAGAGUGCGAUGCUACAAAUGUGUCUCUCAUGCAUACCGUAUCUGCACUUUACUUUUGUCUCAACACAAGCUAGGAUGAGAUUUUGUGGACAAUGCUGUGAACAAGAAACUUCUGUGAAAAAGACAAAACAAAACCUGUGAAUGUACUUAAAAUGAGAAAAGGAAUGGAAAACUUGCACUUUAGUCUGUUUUUAUUUUUGAAAUGCCAAAGCAGUAUUGUAAAGCUCUUGUUGUGUUUAAAAAACGUCCAAACUUGUGAGUACUAUGUGCCAUUUUUUCUAUUUUGUAUGGUAUUGUCUUUGAUGUACAUUUUCUACAUGAGGAAUUAAAGAAGUGAAAACAA